AUGCCUCCGGCGCCUGUUGUGGCCACAGAGUGUGCGAAUGCGUACGUGUGCCCGCUGGACGCGGCGAAGCUGGUCGCGCUGCGCCACAUAGUGGAGGGCCUGCGGCAGGAGAGCGGCGGACAGAAAAGUGCGCUGGUGUUCAAGCCGAGGCGGUGGCGCUUCCAUGCAGAGAGGCCGACGUGGAAGAGUGAUAUCCGGUGGAUCAGCGCCGCCGACGAGCAAACCUUUCGCGGCCUCUUCGAGCCGCUCUUCGCCAAGCUCGGCAUCGCGUCGCUCUUCUCAUUCCUGGGCGACAUGGCUCUCUUCUCCGGCUUCUUUGUGACUCGAGGCCACACGCGCAAGACGCACUUCCACACGGACUUUGGCGACACGGGCAGCCGUUGCUUCACUCUGAUGACGCCGCUGUAUGACAUGGCCGACCUCCGCGACUGCCACCUGCUCUGCCAGGUGCCGACGGACGGCGAGGCAGCCGCUUGCGCGCCCGCCGCCGAUGCGCCCGCUGCCGACGUGCCCGCCGCAUGCCCACUCGCCGAUGCGCCCGUUGCGUGCACGGUCGCCGCUGCGGCGGUCGCCGCCGCCGCCUCCGUCGGCGCGAGGGACGUGAUCCGUCAGUAUCGCUACGAGCUCGGCACGGCCAUCGCGUUCGGCGACGGCUUCGUCCACGGCACGGAGACGGGCGAGGCGCCGUCGCAGCUGGCCUUCCUCUGCUUCACCUUUGGCGACCGCCGCUGCACGCCCGAGCAGUGGAGCGCCGCCGAGGGGUACAUCAAGGAGCAGGGGCCGGUCUACCAGGACCCGACAGGGCGGUUGGUGGAGGGCUCCUCGAACAAGCGCGCCCGCGACGGCGACGCUGCCAAGUCGAUCGAGAGCAAAGCGGCGUCGUGGGCGGAGGAAUUCGGAGGACUGGAGGAGGACGACCAGUACGCAUACCUCCAGGCCCUUGCGGUCAAGAUGAACGGUAUGCACCUGCAGUUCCUGCGCGGCAUGCCCAACCUCGCCGAGGAGGACGACGAUCUGGAGGAGGAGUACGACGAUGAGGACGAUGAGGAAAGCGAGGACGAUGGCGAGGAGGCGGCGGGCGACGACGACGAGUGA